AUGGAAGGCUGGUCUCGCUCCUCCUCCCCCUUCUUCCCUUUCUUCCCCUGCCCUCAACCUCUCCUUUCUCCUGCAGCACUCACCUCUCGUUCCCCUGCCCCCGUCUCAGCUCCUCCCCCUUCCCCCUCUCCCUCCCCUUCACACUCUGCCUCACCGGUAACAGCUUCUUUCAAGCAGCAAAAUGUCUCAAUAGAAGCACCGUCAUCGUCGUCUAUAAGUCCACCCGCUACAGUGGCAGCGCUGUUAUCAUCUGCUACAGUGGCAGGUGCUACAGCUGCAGGUGCUACAGUGCCCACAGCGCUACAGCCGCUGCUGUGGGUCCCACCGUCGCCCAACAUGCCCACACCAACCACUGCUCUCAUCUAUGCUGGGACUUGCCUCAUCGAGCUGCUGUGGGUCCCACCGUCGCCCAACAUGCCCACACCAACCACUGCUCUCGUCUAUGCUGGGACUUGCCUCAUCGAGAGGUGUGGUGAAGAGGCUGUGUGUGGGUCCGAACAAAUGCUGCCUGGCAUGCCCUGCCCAUGCCCACCACUGCUUGUGAGUAUGAGUGAGGUGUGGUUGAGACGCUGUCCGGGUCCCACCGUCGCCCAACAUGCCCGCACCACACCCACCACUGCUCUCGUCUAUGCUGGCGUGUGUCUCAGGAAGGUGCAGCAGCGCAGCCGAGCAGCAGCGCAGCCGAGCAGCAGCGUAGCCGCGAAGCCGAGCAGCCGUGUAGCCGCGAAGCCGAGCAGCAGCGCAGCCGAGAAGCUGAGGGUGGUGUGUGGGGGGGUGUGUGGGAAUAGGAUUAGUAGGUAG